AUGUUUAAAUUUGUAAGUAUAUCGGUUAGCAUGCAGCUACUGUCGAAUUGCAUCAUACAGCUACAAUAUAAUUUCUCUUGUGUACCGAUCCUUUCACCUCUCGUCCAGACGCUGUUGACGUUCUUUGUUGUGGGCGUAGCCACCAUGGUGGCAAAUGGCCAGGUUUACGAUGACGAGACGGCCGAUAUCGUUGAAAUGGCCUUUGAACAGGCUGAGGCUGAUUACUAUGCCAACGACAAUGACGCGAUGGAAGAAAAUUUGGGUUAUGUGUACAACGACAGUGCCCUGGAAGAUAAUAUCAAUGUGGCCGUGAAUGCGGCAAUUUUGGAUAAAUAUGGUCAGGCAGUGACUAGUGAACGGGCAGCACAGGAAAGUGAUCUGGUGGAGAAAUCCGAAAAUACUGUGGAAAAUAAUCAAGUGGAUGAAGUUAUUACUAAAGAAGAUAGUGAUAGUGCUGUGAAAGUGGAAAAAACUCAUGAACCCAUUGUCGAAGAAAAAUCUUCGAAAGUUGUUAAAUCACACAAGACCGCCAAAAGUCUGGUGGCCAAAACAGCCAAAAAAGUUGUAACAACAAAACCCAUAGCUAAGCCUGUGCAAAAUAUUCAAUACGAUGACAAUGAUACGAUAACACGUUUUGUGAGUCAGGUUAAUGCCGAUGGUACGUAUGGUUUUGAUUUUGCCCAAUCCAGUGGUUUAGAAUUCAAAGAAAAGGGUCAAGGUGGCCUUUUCGCUGAGGGUUCCUAUCAAUACAUAUCACCAGAAGGUGAACAUAUAUCGGUCACCUAUAAGGCUGAUGAAAAUGGUUUUCAUCCGGAAUCGAAUAUUUUACCCACACCACCACCAAUACCCGCCUAUAUACUAAAGGCAUUGGAAUAUAUUCGAGAACAUCCUAGUGCCGAACAGCAGCAGCAGCAACAACAACAGGAAGAAGAAAAGGCCGAAGCGUAA